AUGGACCCCGACACAAGUGUAGCGACCGACCAGCCCUCCGUCUUCAACUACGUCCUUUCCUUCCUCCUCGUCGGAGUAGCAUGGGGCUUCACCACGCCAUUCAUCCGACGCGCCGCAGCGGACUUUAACGCACGGCAGGAAGCGCACCAGCAAUCACAGUCACAGACGUCGCCACAGGCACAAUCAACACAGUCUACCACAGAAGAGCAGGAGUUACAGCAACAGAGCCACCCCGCGACCGGCACCACAAACGACGAAGACGAAGAGGAAUCAGGAGAGGAGGACCAACCUCUUACAUCCAAUGCGCGAUCAGCAGCAGCAGCAGCAGGAGGUAGCUCUCGUGUCCCGGCGUGGAUGAAACCAAAGUCUACCUCAUGGCUCAGGACCAAGAUCGGCACGGUCUUCUGGACGGUUGUCAAUCUCCUCCGCACGCCGGCGUAUUCCAUUCCGCUUAUUAUCAAUCUGACGGGGAGUAUUUGGUUCUUUUUGUUGGUGGGGAAGCAUGAAUUGUCGUUAACUGUCCCAUUGGCGAAUUCGAGUGCAUUCCUCUUCACCGUCCUCGGGGAAUGGUAUGUUGAGCGCAAGGUCAUUGAGAAAGAGACGUGGUUGGGGAUGGCGCUUGUCUUGGGCGGGAUUGGGAUCUGUGUGCAGUCGAAGAACCAGAGUUGA